AUGCAUGUAGUUAUGGAGAAGAAAUGGAGGGAAGUUGGAGGAGUGUUUAGAUUCUCUCCGACCACAACAAGUGCUUCUUUUGUCUUAAGGAAACAUUACCUCAAUCUUCUUUUCCAUUACGAACAAGUUCAUCUCUUCAAUGCUCGUGGUCCUCUUCUUCAUCCCGCAGCUACAUUUCAUGUCAAGGAUCCUUCAACUAGUAAGGAAAUGGCUCUCGUGGAAUAUACUCCUCCAAAUAUAGGAUAUAAUCAUUCUCAUCCGCCUGGUCAAGGUUCGUCGAGUUUUACAGCCAUAGGUACAAUUGAAGGCAAAUUCGAUUGUGGUUAUCUCGUCAAAGUGAAAUUGGGCUCGGAGAUUCUUAAUGGCGUGCUUUACCAUUCGGCCCAGCCUCAGCCCGGCCCACCAUUACCAAUCGCUGAUCUAAACGGUUCCGUUGUACCCUAUGUGGAAAGUGGGAGGAGACGACGCCGUUCUGGGAAAAGACGUAGAAGCAGACGCAGAGAAGACCCAAAUUACCCGAAACCAAACCGGAGCGGUUACAAUUUCUUCUUUGCGGAGAAACAUUGCAAGCUCAAGUCUCUUUAUCCAAACAAGGAACGAGAAUUCACGAAAAUCAUCGGCGAGUCUUGGAGCAAUCUCUCAACCGAGGAACGAAUGGUUUAUCAGAAAAUUGGAUUAAAGGACAAGGAGAGGUAUCAGAGGGAGUUGAACGAGUACAGAGAAAGGUUAAGGCUCAUGGCUGCUGAAGAGACAAACGGCAGGGCUUUUUAG